CUACUUGUCAUUACUAACCGGAGCGGUCAGCCCUCCAGUGACCGACCUUACUAAUGUCGCUUCUAGCCGUAUUUAUGAUCAUUGUCGUAUUGAUACUGCUACUAUUACUAUUUAUGGGAGCCGAUAGUAAUGCAAAACAGAAGAAGAAGCAAGAACAAGAAAUAAAGUAUCAGUAUGCUGCUGAAAUUCGCCCAAUUUCGACACAUACCACCGAAGAAUAUCGCAGCACAGAAGUUCGACAACGAACUGGGUCUCAAUUUGAACCUACUAAAGUUCCAUAUGGAGUAGGAGCUCGUGGUCCAACAAGAAUUCGCCAUACAACGACGACUAGAACACAUACAUCGAGAUCGCGCGCUGGCAAGUAUUCACGAGAUGAUCGAAGCACUCACUCUACAAGGACUGCCAUACCGACAUACCCUCGAAGAAGAGACCAAGAGACCAGACCUACGAGUGUUUACCUUGAUCAACGCAUGUACCCUAAAAGAAGAGAUCAAAGUUUACCCCCAAACAGCGUGUAUCUCGAUCCACGCAUGCAAUACCCGCAAAGAAGAGAUCGAAGUGUACCUUCAACACGAACCGCCAUACGCAUGUAUCCAAGAGAUCAGUCUACAAGAACUGCUAUACCCGGACAUCCAGACCAGCCUUCUACUAGAACUGCUAUACAAGAUGUGAGACCAUGGGACGGAUAUACAUCACAUAUGAAUGAACUACGAACCGCUCGACUUAUGGUACAGCGGUCGCAUCCUGAGAUUAUCAGUUAUCCCCUACAAGAAUAUGAACUGUGGUUACAGGAAGAUGUCAGAACAGCACAAAGAGCUACGAGCGGUCGUGAUGAAGGCGAGGUGAAAGUUGACGUAACACAGCAAUAUCCAGUGGUGGAACCACUACGACGUGAUAGAUAUCCAAUGAUGGAAGGUGGAAGUGGAAAAGUUUUGAAAAAAUCGGAUAGCUGUAAAACCGCCGAACUCGGAUCGCCAUUGUGGACUGCGAAACAACGAACGGAACAUGCUCGUUCUAAACCAAGAACAUCGCGAAGUACCGGACGUACGUCAAGUAUGAGUAGCGGGCGGCGCGGUCGGCGUCGUGAACGCGAAACGGACGAUUCGCGUCGCAGAAGGGAACAGAGUGUAAACCGCUUGAUGGAGGAAGACGAGGUGAUGCGGAAAAAAAUGCGCGACGCUGCCGAGAAACAUCACAAGCAGCGCAUGGAAGAUGAACAAGCGAGAAUGCGACAGAUGGAAGAACUUCGCCAACGACAGCGAGAACAAGAGGAGACAGAACGAAGAAGACAAGAGGAUGAACGUCGCAGAAUCGAAGAGCAACGCAGACGUGAAGAAGAAAUGAGAAGACAGCAAGAAGAGGAAAUGCGAAGACAGCGUGAAGAAGAAAUGCGAAGGCAGCAGGAAGAGGAAAUGCGAAGGCAGCGAGAGGAAGAGGAAAGACGUAGGCGUGAGGAAGAGGAACGACAAAGGCGUGAAGAGGCGGAGAGAGCGAGACUAGAAGCCCUGCGACGUCAACGAGAAGAAGAAGAACGACAAAGAUUGGAAGCUGAACGUCGUCAAAGGGAAGAAGAAGAACGCCAAAGGCAGGAAGCUGAGCGCCGUCGUCAAGAAGAAGAACAACGAAGAAGAGAAGCAGAAUGGCGACGUCAGUCCGAAAGAGCAGAGGCUAGGAGAAGAAAACGUGAAGAAGAGGAACGUCAGAAACGAGACCGUGAAGAGGAGAUACGUAAGAGGGAAGAGGAAGAAGCGCGUUUGGAGGAAGAGAGAAAUGUAAUGAAUCGGGUACAACCGAUGCGUGCAAAACAUCGUCAUCAUAGUCGUCAUCGUGCAAAGGGUGAACCACCAAGCAGAAGUCAUAGUCAUCAAUCAGAAGUUGAAGGAGCUCACUAAUUAUAUUGUAUCUGUGUGAUCUCGGCUAUGUCGAAAAACUCGAAUUUAAGUAUCGAUUACCAGUUAUGUACUUGAAGCUAUUGAUUGAUUGAAAGUACAUUAAAAAGUGCUGGUAUAUACAAUACGGGAAAUGAAAUUCACCCUGAAUUGAUUCAU